UUUGGCUCGUUCUGCCUGCGUUUCUUCAUCCGGACGUGACCAGCGACAGUAGAGGUUUGUGUCGUCUUCCUCGUUCCGAACGGUAGCUGGGGCUUCUCCCAAUAUGGCCAGCUCUGACCCUCGCUAUCCCUGCUCCUCGAUAGAGGACGACUUCAACUAUGGCAGCUGCGUGGCCUCUGCCAGCGUGCACAUCCGAAUGGCCUUUCUAAGAAAAGUGUACACCAUCCUUUCUCUGCAAGUUCUCUUAACUACCAUGACAUCUGCAUUAUUUUUAUACUUUGAGUCUAUACGGACAUUCGUACAUGAAAGUCCUGCCUUAAUUUUGGUGUUUGCCAUUGGAUCUUUGGGUUUGAUUUUUGCACUGAUUUUAAACAGAUAUAAACAUCCCCUUAACCUGUACCUGCUUUUUGGAUUUACACUGUUGGAAGCCUUGACUGUGGCCUUUGUUGUUACUUUGUAUGAUGUGUAUAUUGUUCUGCAAGGUUUUGUACUGACUACUGCAGUGUUUCUUGGUUUGACUAUGUAUACUCUACAAUCCAAGAAAGAUUUCAGCAAAUUUGGAGCAGGACUGUUCGCUGUUUUGUGGAUUCUUUGUUUGUCAGGAAUCUUGAGGUUAUUUCUUUAUAGUGAGACAGUGGAGUUGGUCGUGGCUGCUGUAGGAGCCCUUCUUUUCUGCGGAUUCAUCAUCUAUGACACACACUCACUGAUGCAUAGGCUGUCACCUGAAGAGUAUAUAUUAGCCUCUAUCAGCCUUUACUUGGAUAUCAUCAAUCUAUUCCUGCACCUCUUGAAGUUUUUGGAAGCAGUUAAUAAAAAGUGACUGAAAGUAGGAUACAGAAACUGACUCAUUAAUAAUACUUUAUUACUGAUUCAGUGAUAAAGUUAGAGGCAUAACUAUUAAAUACUUUUAUUAAUUUAUUGUAUGCUCUGUACUUCAGGGCUAUUACUGUAAUACAGUAGGUCCUUGGAUAAUGUCAUUUCAUUCAAUGUCAUUUCAAUAUUGAUGAGAAAAAAAUCGAUUCCCAGUCAGGGCCACUGUUGGCAUGACGUUUGAAAAUUCUCCCCAUGUCUGCAUGAGCUUUCUCUGGGUACCCUGGAUUCCUUCCAUGUCCCAAAGAUGAACAUGUUUGGUGAACUGGCACAUCUCAGUCGUCCCCGUCUGAGUGAGGGGGUAUGAAUGUGCUUCCUGAGCCGCUGAGGAGGCUCUGCUACCUGCCACUCUAAACUAGAGAAGUGGGUUGGAAAAGGAUGAUCUUACUUGUUUUUAUUGAUCUUUCUUAAAUUUGUAACUCACAUUUAUUUCAAUGUUUAAUAUUACAAGUGUUUUGGGUCUUUAUUAAAAAGUUUGGUAUGCUUUUGUGACCAGAACUAUGCCUAUGGUAAAACUGGUUUUGUUAAAUAUAUUGUUUUGCUUAAAGUUGCAGUUUCCAAGAACCUAUUGAUGACAUUAAAUGAGGACUUACUGUAUAAGAAUAAUUAUAUAUAAUAUAUAAUGUAGAUAAUAAUAUAUAUAAUGUGAUAUAAUAUGAUGUAUAAUGUAAUAUAUGUAACAUAACAUUACAACUGUAUUACUAUUAUAUGACAGUCAUUACAUGUAAAAUAUAAUAAAAUAUUAAAUAUAUAAUUACUAGGUUAUAUAAUAGUAAUAUAAAUCUUAUUAUCCUUUAUGGCAUCUCAUUUCUAAAUCCUUGAUUUAGAAUUUCAGGUAUAAGGGAUAUCUGAAAUCUUUAAAUAAAUUUUUCAAUGCUGAAUUUGCCAUACAUAGAUUGUUCAUCUGAAAUUAAAAAAUAAUUUCAUGAGUAGAUUAGAUUACAAAUAUCAAUUUAUCUUUGUCUAAUGAUUUUAUCUAAAUUUUCCUUUAAGUAACAGUAGAUUGGACUUUGAUUUUAAAGUACUUGUGUCCUUAUGAACAUAAAUUAUAAAUCUCCUUUUACAGGAUUUUAAUCUUAUUUAGAAAAGAAAUAUUAUAAAAGAUAAAUUCAAGAGAAUUAUUUAGUUAUAUUAAAAUGUUAAUGAUAUUUCAUUAUAAAAUGUAUUAACAAUAAGAAGCCUGCUUGAAAGUCAGAUAUUUUGACAUUAUUUUCUUAAGCACAGGUUUCAUUUUAAGAUUAUAGCAGUGAACUAAGGGCCAGUGAAACUUUGGCAAAUUCCCUCACUGUAUUAGUUUGUUAGGGCUACCCCAACAAAGUUCUACAGACUGGGUGGCUUAAUCAGAAAUUUAUUUUCUCCAUUCUGAAGGCUGGAAGUCCAAAAUCAAAGUGUUGGCAGGGCUGGUUUCUCUGAGGCCUCUCUCUUGGUGUGUAGAUAGAUAGUCAUACUCUCCUUGUGCCUUCACAUGGUCUUCUCACUGUACUUGUCUGUGUCCAGAUUUCUUCUUAGAGGGACACACCAUCAUUGGAUUAGGGCUCCCUAGUGACCGCAUUUUGCCUUAAUUACCGAUGUAGGAACCUAUCUCCAAAUACAGUCACAUUGUGAGGUACUAGGGGUUAGUACUUUGCAGUGGUCUGAUCUGAAUGUUUGUGUCCCACAAAAUUCAUAUAUUGAACGCUAAUGCCCAGUGUGAUGGUUUCAGGAGGUACAGCUUUGGGAUGUGAUUAGGUCAGGAAAGUUGAGCUUUCAUGAAUGAAAUUAGUAAAAAAAGAGACCCUGUAGAGAUCUCUUACUCCUUACCCCGUGUGAGGUUACAGUAAAGUACAGUCAUCAUCCCUCGCUAUAUCACAGUUCACUUAUUGCGGCUUCACUGUAUAUAGCGGAUCCUGAGAUACAGUGAAGCCGCAAUAAGUGAACCGUGGUAUAGCGAGGGAUGACUGUAGUGUCUGAACCAGGAAGAGGGCUGUUACCAGAGAUCAAAUCUGCUGGCACCUUGAUCUUGAUCUUUCCUACCUCCAGAAUUGUGAGAAAUAAAUUCCUGUUGUUUUAUAAACAGGUAAUUUAUAAUUACCCAGUCUCUACUAUUUUGUUAUGGCAGCCCUAAUAGACUAAGAUAGACUUCAUUUUAUGAAUCGGGGGAGAAGGGCACAACUCAGCCCAUAAUACUCGCUAAGCGUGAUUUUUUUCCAGCUGUCAAGUUGAAAUAAAUCAGUAAUAUGGUGCUCCAGCGGGGUGGCUUAGUUGCUUGAAGCAUCAUCCAUGCACCAGAAGGUCGCACGUUCAGUCCCCACUUGGGGCAUGUACAGAGGCAACUAAUCAAUGUCUCUAAUCAAUGUCUCCUUCCUUGCAUCCUUCUUUCCUGCCUCCAUUCUCUCCUUCCUCCUUUUCUUUCUUUUCUCUCUCUCUCUCCCCAUCCCCUACUCUUCCUCUAUCUCUAAAACCAAUAAACAUAUCCUCCAGUGAGGAUUAAAAAAACUUAGAAAAAAUUUGGUAGUGUGUAAUUAGCUUCUAGUGAAUUUUAGAUGUAAAUUUGACGAUCAUUAUCAAUUAACUAGUCAUUGAAUACAUAAUUGUAUUAAUGCUAUACUUACGUUUAACACAGCAUAGUGGGUAAGAGCAUCUAGAUCAGAAUCAUUGCUAUGCAAUUUACUCAUGUGGCCUUUGCCAAGUUAUUUAUCUUUCCAUACUUACGUCUUAUGCAUCACCUUUAUAAUGAGUGUAAUAGUACCUACCUUAGUGGCUGACACAUGAAUUAAAUGAGAUAGUUAUAGCAUAUAAACUAAGAGCUUAGUUAAUGUCAGCUGCUAUUAUUAAUAAUUUUUUCAGUUCAGCCCUGGCUAGUGUAGCUCAGUGGAUUGAGUGCGGACCUGCGGACCUGCGGACCUGCAAACCAGACAACCGUGGUUUGGUUCCCAGUCAGGGCACAUGCUUGGGUUGCAGGCCAGUUCCCAGCAGGGGAUGCAAGAGGGGCAACCACACAUUGAUAUUUCUCUCCCUCUCUCCUUCCCUUCCCCUCUAAAGAUAAAUAAAUACAAUCUUUAAAAAAAUUUUUUUUUCAGUUCAAAGGCAGAAUGUACUGAAUUGGCAGUAAAGAUAUUAAAUAAGCAAAAGCAGAUUUGACAUUUAAAAAUUGUAAAACAGUGCCACUGUUCUCAGUACAUUUUUUUUUUUUUUUGGUUUGGGAAAUACAUUUUUUUAAAUUUUUUAUUUAUUUUUAGAGGGGAAGGGAAGGAGAGAGGGAGAGAAAUAUCAAUGUACGGUUGCUUCUCAUGGAUCCCCUGC